AGCAGUGUAUCAUCAUCAAUGGCUUCUUCUUCCUCUUCAAAGAGGAUCUGGAAAUAUGAUGUGGCUAUAAGUUACAAUGAUAUGGAAACUGUCUCGUUUUACACAAUUCUUUGCCGUAAUUUAGAAAAAGAAGGUUUCAAAAUCGGCAUCAGGAGCUCAUUGCCUAACUCAUUAGAAAUAAUUGGAGAAUCCCAGAUUUAUAUAGCUGUCUUCUCACAAAGAUAUGCUUUCUCACCAAGUUGCUUGGACGAACUAGCAGUAAUGUUUGAGUGCAUGAAGGGAUCGGAGCAUAAAUUUCUGCCAAUUUUCUUCAACGUCGAUCCGUCUACAGUGAAAACAUGGCUAGCUCCAUUUCAGACACUACUGGAUCAACGCCCAGAUUUGGUCAUACAAAACAGGGAAGAUCAAAAACGAGUUAUUGGCAAAAUAGUAGUGGAGGCAAAGAAACUUUUGGUCGAAGAGACAUUCGCAAUGGAUGUCCGUAGAAGUGUUGGGUCGUCAUCCAAGGGGAUAUGGCCAUGGAGCUGUGAUGUUGUUGUAUUGAAUUUCAUAACUGAGGACAAUCGCUCAUUUAUUGAAGACCUUCGAAACGCUCUAAAUAGAAAUGGUCUGGUAAUGGCUUCACGAGAGUCCAUUGCUCAAGCUCCCAUGGACGCAUGCAAGCUUCGUGUUUUUAUCAUCUCAAAAAACUAUGAGUCCCAAACACGCUGCUUGCAGGAACUGAACUUAGAUGGAUGCAUAUUUCUGCCAAUUUUUUUGGAGGCGGAUCCCUUUCAAGUACGUAGCGAUAGUUCUUUUGAACUGGAACAAAUGUUGGAGCUAUGUUCAUUUUCAAUAAACGAUUUGGUGGUUCAAGAUAUGAGAGAUCAACCUCGAGUUAUUCGUAAUAUUCUUGAGAAAUACAUCGACUACAUUUUGGGUGAGAAGCAUGAUCGGAUAUCAAGGCUAAACCAUAUCGAAGCACUUGCAAAGGAAAUAGAUAAAUCAGGAGAAAUAGCUACCGUAGGGAUAGGAAAUCGUCGUGUUGAAAAGUUAAUUGAGUUUCUGGACUUAGGCUCAAAGGAAGAUGUGCGAAUCGUAGGGAUUAGUGGGGUGGGGGAAGUAGGAAAGACAACUCUUGCCGGAGAUGUGUUUAACAAAAUCUCUCACCUUUUUGAUUCUGCCUAUUUCAUCGCAAGUCCAAGUACCAGUCAAGUUGACUACCCUAAUCAAUCCAUAUUAAUAGAGGCAUUUCUCCGGAUAGCUUUGCCAAAAGAAUUUGAACCUAAUAAAUACUUAAAAAGCCUAAGACUCCAUAGGAUGCUUGUUGUUUUUGAUGAUGUAGAGCACUGGAAACCUUUAGAUGAAGGAUGGACUAGAAGGUUGUUUGGAGGAGGAAGUAGAAUUAUCAUAACAUGCAGAGAUGAGAGAAUCCUUAGAAAGCUUGGAGUAGAUGAAAUCCACAAGGUGGAACUAUCGAAUCAAAAUGAAGCUCUUCAACUUUUUAGCAAAAUUGUUUUCCAAACUGAUAAACCAAUGAGAAGUUAUGAGGAGCUGACCCUUGAAGCACUUAAAUAUGCUGAUGGCCUUCCAUUAGCUAUUAAAUCAGUAGGUUCAUCACUGGUUGGUCUAAGUGUCUCAGAGUGGAAAAGUAUGUUGACCAAACUGCAAACAGUUCCUGACCCUUUAGUACUCAUGGUUCUUCAAAAGAGUUUUGAUGGACUCACAGAUAAACAAAAAGAAUGCUUUCUUGGAUAUUGCAUGUUGUUUUGUAGGACAGAAGAUUGAUUAUGUAAUGGGAAUUUUCGGUGCUCAAUUUUCGGUGCUCACUGAUAUGAUAAUCAGUCGUCUUAUGGAUAACUCGCUGAUAAACAUAUCAAAUCAAAGAAUAAAAAUGCAUCCUAUUCUACAACAAUUGGGCAAGGUUAUUGUUCAACAAGAAUCUACUGAGCCUGGAAAGAGAAGUAGGAUAUGGCAUUAUGAAGAUUUUCGUCAUGUUAUGGAGAAGGACUCUGAGGUUUCUUUGAUCUUUCUAACAACUUAAGAUAUCUUUCCUGGCAUAAAUAUCCAUUUGAUUAUUUGCCAUCAACUUUUAAGGCAGAAAAUCUUGUGGAAUUGAUCUUUCUAGACAGCAACAUAGCACAACUAUGGAGAGACAAAGAGAAAAGAAUUCCACUAUUAAGGAGCUUGAACCUCUGUGGCUCUAAAGAUCUGAAGAAGACACCUGAUUUUAGAUUACUUCCAAGUCUUGAGAGGUUAGACUUGGAAGGAUGUGCUUCAUUAUUGCAGCUUCAUUCUUCUAUUGCCUAUCUAGAAAGGAUUAAGUUUUUGAAUUUGAGAAACUGCACAAAACUAGCGAGAAUCCCAAAUGAAUUAUUUGGUAAGAGCUCUCUUGAAUUUCUAAAUCUGGCAGGCUGCUCCAAAUUUGCUGAAUGUUUGAGUUUCAAGAGAGCAAUUGUAUGUUGGUCUUAUGUUAGACUUAUGCGGCUGUAAUCAUGUAUUCAUUAUAUGAACACAUCUCUUUCUUUGCGUUCAA